AUGCUUGAUUCUCCUGAAUGUAACAAAUUAUUUGUAUCAGCUAUUGCUCUCUGGAGUGAGAAGAGAAACAGAAGGAAACUCCCUCCUAAAGUUUCAAAGGAAACUGAAUUAACAGCUUUGGCAGAGCUAUUUUCGGUGCGUUGGUUCAGCUUGUCAGACAGAUGCUUAUGAGAACACUAUGGAGCAUUCAGAUUCUAUUAUUUUGUCUUGAUUUGUUCCCUGAUGCCGUGGAUACAAGUAUUGAUGUUUUAUUGGCAUUGGGACUAUCGAAAUGCCAGGAAGACAGUGAAUGUGAUACUGACUUCCAUUCAGACCCUGAAUGUAACUAA